CCGAGCGCCUGCUGCCUACCAUCAGUAUCAUGUGCGUAAACUGAUCAGAGCCUGUUGCAGUGGCUCCCUGCUGUCUGAAACGAGUGCCUGAAUGAGCCAGAGUUGAUUGUUCCAGAACAUCGUCAUAGGCUACGCGAAGUCGAUCAAUCCCACAAACCCUCACAAGACCAAUCAGGCCAUCUGUCGCCGCCUUGAGAUCUGUCAGCAAUGCAGCCAGUGUAGCGGAGCACUGUUCGCACGAUCGCUGCACAUCAGUAUUCUGAACAAGCAUCUCUUCGUCUCAUUGAGGACCUCUUCUCAACAACACCUGCGCCGGGCGCCGACAGUUUCCUCCUCUCCUCGUCAACCUCGACCGAGAACCCGGCCAUUUGAACAUCCGGCACCCCGCCAACCGCAAUGAGUAAUUCCACUUCCCCAUACAAUGAUGCCCACGCGUUAGGUUCCGAUCACAAUCAGGGGCCCCCACGAAAAAAGAUGCGCAAGGGAACAAAGAGUUGUCUAGAGUGUCGGCGGAGAAAGAUCAAGUGUACCUUUGAGCCCGAGAGGACUGCUAUAUGCAACGAAUGUUAUGCCCGGGGCUCCACUUGUAUUGAUCAAGAGCACGGGGAUAUCCAAACCUACACUCAGUCCAAUGCGGAGCAAUCCACUUAUAGCUUGCGGGAAAGAGUUUCGCAGCUCGAGGGCCUGGUAAAACAAGUGCUGCAUCGGUUACCAGAACGGGGAGGAAAUACAAGUUCGACCGACACCAGUCCAGAAACCGACAAAAGCCAUGUUGAUGCUCAGGCGGCCGAAGUAUUGAAAAGCUUGAAGAGUUCGUUACGACAGAUCGAUGCCGACCCAGAGGAAUCAAUCCUGCUGCCGGGUGGUCUCCGAGACGGUGCGCCUGCUUUGACUUUGUUCGACAAUGCUGUCAUCGAAAGGAAGGACAGUCAACCCGUGGUAUCGAGGGAGCAGUAUAAUAAGAACAAAACGCUGCUCGCCGCCUUGAACAAAUUACUACCUCCUCCACAUGAUCUGGAGAUCAUCCUGGAAUCAUCUCAUGAGUGGUGGACAAUAUGGCGCAAAAUGUUCCCUGAGAUUACGGACAGUCGUUGCGAGACAAUCAAAGAAUCAGUUUCGCAUUCUCUGCGGUCCGAAAAGCCAGCAGAACUCGCCAAAAUAAUGCUGUGCAUCGCCAUCGGCAUCCACCAACUACCUGGAUCGUUUGACUGGUCAAGACUUCAUAUCAGGGAAGAACCGGCUGAUCUGAUGGAAAGGUAUAUCGCCACCGUCAACAAACUGAUCACCUCGGACGAUGAGAUCGCAGCCACAAUUGAUGGGCUUGAAUGCAUGAUGCUCGAAGCCAAAUAUCAGAUCAACAUGGGUCGUCCUAGACGGGCCUGGCUGCUGUUUCAUCGAGCAAUUGCCUUUGCGCAGUUGCUCGGACUGCACAAGUUGCCCGCCCGAGCAGAUAAGACAUCUCGGGACUAUCAACGAUCGUACACCAUAUGGGCUCAUCUUGUACUGGGCGACAGAUUUCUGUCACUCUUCCUCGGGUUACCAUACUCUGUUGCCGACCAUUUCGUUGCGCCUUUCAUUCCUGGCAAUGGUCCCUAUCCUGUGGAUGCCAGCGAGGGCGAACUGUAUGUCUCGAAAAUGAUACCAAUCAUCACCAAGAUCAAUGACCGCAAUCAAAGCGUUGUCCAGAUGGGAUAUUCAGCAACCCUACGACUCGAUCAAGAGUUGGAAGAGUUACACAGUGCUCAAGAUCCCUCUUGGUGGUCGCUUGAGAAAUUUCCUGGAGCCGCUGUCGAUGACCACUUUGAACGAUUACAAGCACAGUUCUACCAUCAUCAAGCUAGAUUGCUUCUCCAUAUGCCUUUCAUGCUUCGCUCGUCGUCCGACAAGAGAUACCAAUAUUCACAUGCCGCUGCCCUUGAUGCAGCACGAGAGAUGAUCAGAAUAUAUGAGGCACUGCGCAGUAAUCCAGCCGUGGGUCCGUUCAUUUGCAAAUUGGUCGAUUUCCAGGCUUUCACAGCAGCCAUGCUUUUACUGCUCAACCUAUGUGGUUACUCACAGCAACAGCGCGGCAGUAAUUCUCAACCACCUGAUCUAGAACAAGAUCAAAAAGACUCCGACCUUAUUGACAAGACCAUAGCCCUACUCAAAGAUGCCGCUAAAGAAGGUGGUGGCGUUGUUGCCGCACAAAGCGCUCAAGCCCUCGAAAUGAUUGCGGUCACUCGACAAGGCUGUCCAGAUGCCGAAGCGAAACAAAAGUGUGGUGAGACGUGUCAAGUAUCUAUACCAUAUUUUGGCACUAUAACCAUUGGUAUGGGCAAGCAAUUUAUCCCUAUCAAGCCGGGAACGUACAUCCAACGCACUGCUGGGUCUAAUAUUACGGUCCCAGUUGGAGGCGUGGCCAAUACGGGUCUACCGACUCCGCCGUCAAUCACCUCUAGCAGCACCCAGCCGUCACCAAUAACCACAUCUAUCGACAACCCGCAUUUACAGCCUCCUCAAGCUCAUCGAUUACCCCUCUACGAGUCCACAGACUAUAUUGCACCUGGAUUCGACCAAACAUGGCAUCAGGGUGACGACCCUUUCGUGACGUUUGACAGUUUCAUGGCUUUUGCGCCACAAACCUCGACCGAUUUCCCGUCGGCCGCCGGAACUGCGAGCAGCAGCUCAGGCUUCACUCCCCAGCAACAGUCGCAAAGCCCGUAUACAAGCGCUGUCAACGACUUCAAUACAAAUAUGGGAACCGGGGGCAUGGCUAGUGUUGUUGCCCAACAAGGCUUCCCAUUUGGCAGCUUCCCGUUCAGCCAGAGCGGUGCCGAUUUGGAUCAAGGAUGGAAUUGGUUUGGUGUUGAUGCACCUGUCAUGCAGUGAGACAAUGUAGUUCAUUCCCAGAACACAAGAAUACUGUCAAACCCUUCAUGUUUUCCAUGGGUAGACCAGUCACUCGUCAAGCCGAUGAUCCUUGACUUCGGGACUCACCUGGCAGAACCAUGCGAUGAUUGGAUUGAUCUCAUUGUAUCUGCACCAUCGAUGUCUUCCUUCAGGGAAUGCUCGCCAGUACCCACUCGUUUCAAAUGGCUUUGCAACAUCCUAGCUCAACCCGCAGCACGGUUGGAUACACACAGGAGUGCUGUGACAGCAUGCGGAGUGUUGGUCGCUUCGAUGGAAGCAAUGGCUGACAAAUGCUUCUGGCUUCCAAGUCCGCGGCGAUAAGAUCGCGUCCGAGCAUUGGAGAUGGAUCAAGGGGGUCGGCUUUGCAGGCCCCAAGCCCGGAGUCGCUUCCAACCGACAUCGGGCAUCCCUUCAGUCUGUCGUUUUCAUGCCGCCCUCAUGGCCAGAGUUCCACCCGGACGAAACGAUCAAACAAGCUCCGAGUUUGGCUUACCCAUUUCGUCUGCAUUUUGGACUAAAGACCCCAAUGAAGGCCCGUGCCAGGAAAAUUGGUCUCCUUCGGGAUUGUCGCAAGAAAGGACGACUAUCUAGUGCUUCAGAACCAUUGAGCAGUGGAAAAUAGGUUCAGAUACUCUAUACCCAGAUCUCAUCGUAUGUAUACAGCUUCUCCCGAUAUCAUGAUAUUGAUAUUGGGAUUGGAGACAUGACACAUAAAUAGAGGGCAUUCGGCCUAGACCGAUCAUUCAAUUGACCCACUCGCCAGUCAGUCACCUCUUGUCCUGCACUCAGAGCGAAAUAUCUUCCCUGACUAAGGUAGAAAAGUGACGCACAAUCGCGAACGUCCAAG